UAAGGGCGAGAAGUUAGAGGAGUAGAAGCGCCGGACGAUCGUUCGUAUUCGUGUCCAUAGAGAGCAUCCCGCGUGUCCGUGGCUCCUGUACUGAGAUGGAGCAGCUGAUCUGAUAGAGGCGUUUUCUUACUGGUGGGGAAGAGUACGGGGCCGGGGCUGUGUGUGUGUUUAUCGCCCUCGCGCUACGGGAAGGGACACAAUAGAAUAGAAUAAGACGAGUGGGGGCUGCGCGCGCGUGCUGGGAAAGCCGCUUUGGGAAGUGCUUUUAUUACUGUGUGUACAAGCUCAUGCAAAUAACUCAGCAUUCCUAUCUGAAGGCAUUGUAAAUUAUAGUGGACUACAGUCGUAAGUAAAAUUUUAAACAUUGUGACAAAUUACACGUCGACACCUGCAUGCGGAAGAAGAGCGGUGAAGGCUCUGACACAUGGAAGGUCGGGAAAUCGAGGAGACGGAUGCCUUUCCGGUGGAGCGGGAUGAGGAAGCACCGGAGCCCGAGGAUGAGGAGCAGGAAGAUGAUGAGACUGGAGGACCAGUGGGCUGCUGCGAGAAGUUCCAGCACUCCAUCUCCAGAUGGAUGCUACCAGCACACAAGCGUGAUACCUACCUGGAACGUGCCAACUGCUGCCCUCCUCCAAUCUUCAUCAUCCUCAUCAGCAUAGGAGAGUUGGCAGUGUUCAUCUAUUAUGCCGUGUGGAAGCCUCAGAAGCAGUGGGUGACGUUGGGUGAAGGCAUCUGGAACAGCCCCCUUGCCUAUAAGCCCGACAAGCGGAAGGAGGCCUGGCGCUUCGUCUCCUACAUGUUCCUCCAUGCUGGGGUGCAGCACAUCAUGGGCAACCUGCUGAUGCAGUUGCUGCUUGGCAUUCCCCUGGAACUGGUUCACAAGGGCUUCGAAGUGGGCAUGGUCUACAUGUCUGGGGUCUUGGCAGGGUCUCUGGCGAGCUCCAUCUUUGACCCCUUGAAUGCCCUUGUUGGGGCCUCUGGGGGGGUGUACGCUCUAUUUGGGGGCUAUUUCAUGAAUGCUGUAGUGAAUUUUCGGGAGAUGAUCCCCCUUUUGGGAGUGUUUCGGAUCCUGGCAAUUGUGCUCAUUGUGGGGUCGGAUAUGGGCUUCGCUCUCUACAGAAGGUUCAUUAGUCACGAAGUGGGUUAUAAGGUUUCCUUUGUGGCCCACAUUGCAGGUGGAGUGGCUGGUAUGACUGUUGGUUACGUGUUCUUCAGCAACUACAACGAGAAGCUUCUCAAGGAUCCACGGUUCUGGUUGUGUAUCGUGGGCUAUAUAGUUUUCGUCCUCUUUGCUGUGCUCUUCAACAUCUUUCUGUCCCCAGCGUAAGGACACAUCCUGGAGAUCGUACCUUUGUGUAUUUUUGCCACUUGUUUACAACACAUGGACUUAUUACAUAAAUGUGUAACAUGCAUGUUAAUGGUGGAACACAGGUCUCUCAUUUUAUGAAAACGGGAAAAGACAUCAUUUCUAAAACAUUUUUGACAUUGCCAAUCAGGAUUUGUUCUAACACUAAAGGACUGGCAUCCAGGUUAUAAAGAAUUUUCUCAGCUUCUAUGUGCCAAUUAAGUGCUCUGAUCACUAGGAAACAUAUUAUCCUUCAAAACCUGAAGCUAUCUGCUGUUUUAACAACAUUGAAAGGUGAGGUUUAGUGUUAAGUCUGUGGUGAAGCUGUUUGCAAGCUUAUUUUUUGAAAUCCAAAUGAGUAAAAAUGACUUUGGUAGGUGUUCCUGAAAUAUUUUAGUGGAGUUUUCAAAAUUCUCAAGGCAGUCUACAGAAAGUGACACCAGAGACUAAAGUGUAUGUGCUUUUUAAAUAAGCCAUAGUUUUAAUUCCCGACUUCAUAAAAAAAUUGAUGUAUCCAUGCUUAGUUUGUAAAACCUCUCUCCUAAAAUGUGUUUUACCUACCUCACCAAAUGGUGCUUUGGUAAUGACAGAGAAAGAGUGCUUACACAUUUAUACUGUAUUGCUUUGUUGGGUAUGCUCCUAUUUGGAUGGGGUUCCCUCUCUCGAUGUUAAUAUUACUGUAAACCAUGUUACUGUUACGCCUGAGAUGGUUCCUGAAUUUGUUCCACCCAAAUCUUUUAAGCUCUUAAGUGGUUUGGUAACUAGAUACUGUAUAAGUAAUGGGGAAAAAACACUAGAUUAACGCAUUGUUAAUAGAUUUAUGUUUGUGAAUAAGGAAGUUCUGCAGGGUUCAGGACAAUAAGGAGUAGGACAUCUCUCCUACUGGACAGCAGAGGAUGUUGAUAAACAUCUGUAUCCUUUACAUUUCCAGCUCAGGCUGUUGACUGUUGGGACAGAUGCCCAGAGCAAGUCCAGCAGCCAGCAAUGAGAUAUACAGGAAGUAAACUAUCUCAGGGAAUUUUGGGUACAAAGCAUGGUGGCUCAGCCCAUUUCUUGUUAGCUAUAAUUGUUUGUUUAAGUCCCAUUUGUUUUAUUUUUGUGCUUGCUUUUUUCAAGGUGUACAACAGAGGGCAUUACCACCACCACCCCCCCCCUCCCCCCAGUGCUGGGUAAAGGUUUUGUGGUGAUUUGCCCUCUCUGGAGGUCUUUUUUAGUCAUUCUAGUCUAAUACCAGAAUCAGGGGUGUGUUUAUAUCUUUUUUUUUCAAUAAUAUUUGUAGUUUUCUGUAAAUCACUUCCAUAUUGGA